GUGGAGUUUCCUCCAAUGAGGAGGGAGAGGGAGGCGGGGUUUGGAGAGAGGCGGGUCCUGAGUCACAUGACAGGGGAGGGAGUGGAGGCAGGGAGGCCGUCAAGGACUGCGUCGGGGCUGUUGGCGCAAGUGGGUCCGCGAUGCCGACAACACAGCAGUCUCCUCAAGAUGAGCAAGAGAAGCUCCUGGAUGAAGCCAUUCAGGCUGUCAAGGUCCAGUCUUUCCAAAUGAAGCGAUGUUUGGACAAAAACAAGCUCAUGGAUGCCUUGAAACAUGCCUCAAACAUGCUUGGUGAGCUAAGGACUUCAAUGCUAUCUCCAAAGAGCUAUUAUGAACUCUAUAUGGCUAUCUCUGAUGAACUGCACUACCUGGAGGUGUACUUGACAGAUGAAUUUGCCAAGGGAAGGAAAGUAGCAGAUCUCUAUGAACUGGUCCAGUAUGCUGGAAACAUCAUUCCACGGCUCUACUUACUAAUAACAGUUGGGGUGGUUUACGUGAAGUCCUUCCCACAGUCCAGGAAGGACAUCUUAAAAGACCUGGUGGAAAUGUGUCGUGGUGUUCAGCAUCCUCUGCGAGGCCUGUUUCUUCGCAACUACCUCCUUCAGUGCACACGGAAUAUUUUGCCUGAUGACGGAGAACAGACAGAUGAAGAAACAACUGGAGACAUUAGUGAUUCCAUGGACUUUGUGCUGCUGAACUUUGCUGAGAUGAAUAAGCUCUGGGUGCGAAUGCAGCAUCAAGGUCACAGUCGAGAUCGGGAGAAGAGGGAGCGUGAGAGGCAGGAGCUGAGGAUCUUAGUGGGCACCAACUUGGUUCGUCUCAGUCAGUUGGAAGGUGUCAAUGUGGAAAGAUACAAGCAGAUUGUUUUGCCUGGUAUAUUGGAGCAAGUUGUGAACUGCAGGGAUGCCCUAGCUCAAGAAUAUCUCAUGGAAUGUAUUAUUCAGGUCUUCCCAGAUGAAUUCCACCUGCAGACCUUGAAUCCUUUUCUUCGAGCAUGUGCAGAAUUACACCAAAACGUGAAUGUGAAAAAUAUCAUUAUUGCAUUAAUUGAUAGGCUUGCCCUCUUUGCUCACCGAGAGGAUGGACCAGGCAUCCCGGCUGAUAUAAAACUUUUUGAUAUCUUCUCCCAGCAGGUGGCCACUGUCAUACAGUCUAGGCAAGACAUGCCUUCGGAGGAUGUGGUUUCAUUACAAGUCUCUCUCAUUAACUUGGCUAUGAAAUGCUACCCCGAUCGGGUCGACUAUGUAGACAAAGUGUUGGAGACAACAGUGGAGAUAUUCAACAAACUUAACCUGGAGCAUAUUGCUACAAGCAGCGCUGUUUCAAAAGAACUAACAAGACUUCUGAAAAUCCCUGUUGACACCUACAACAAUGCCCUUACCGUCUUGAAACUGAAACAUUUCCAUCCACUCUUUGAAUAUUUUGAUUAUGAAUCCAGGAAGAGCAUGAGUUGUUAUGUACUUAGCAACGUGCUGGAUUACAACACAGAAAUUGUCUCUCAGGACCAGGUGGAUUCUAUAAUGAACCUUGUGUCGACGCUGAUCCAGGACCAGCCUGAUCAGCCGGCUGAAGAUCCUGACCCUGAAGAUUUUGCUGAUGAGCAGGGCCUUGUGGGCAGGUUCAUUCACCUCCUUCGUUCAGAUGAUCCCAAUCAACAGUACCUGAUUUUAAACACUGCCCGGAAACAUUUUGGUGCAGGUGGAAACCAGCGUAUUCGUUUUACAUUGCCGCCGUUGGUUUUUGCUGCAUACCAGCUUGCAUUCCGUUAUAAGGAGAACUCUAAAGUGGAUGACAAAUGGGAAAAGAAAUGUCAGAAGAUCUUCACAUUUGCACACCAGACAAUCAGUGCUCUGAUAAAAGCAGAGUUGGCAGAACUUCCUCUACGGCUCUUCCUCCAAGGGGCAUUGGCAGCUGGGGAAAUUGGAUUUGAAAACCAUGAAACAGUGGCCUACGAGUUCAUGUCCCAGGCAUUUUCUCUCUAUGAAGACGAAAUCAGUGAUUCAAAAGCGCAGCUGGCCGCAAUCACCUUGAUAAUUGGGACAUUUGAGAGGAUGAAAUGCUUUGGCGAAGAGAACCACGAGCCUUUGCGAACUCAGUGUGCUCUGGCGGCCUCCAAACUGCUGAAGAAGCCGGAUCAGUGCCGAGCCGUCAGCACCUGCGCCCAUCUCUUCUGGUCUGGCCGGAACACAGACAAGAAUGGAGAAGAGCUUCAUGGAGGGAAACGAGUCAUGGAGUGCUUGAAAAAGGCCUUGAAGAUAGCAAAUCAGUGCAUGGAUCCUUCUCUUCAAGUUCAGCUCUUCAUAGAAAUUCUGAACAGAUAUAUUUACUUUUACGAGAAGGAGAACGAUGCGGUGACAAUUCAGGUUUUGAAUCAGCUUAUACAAAAAAUCCGGGAAGACCUUCCAAACCUUGAAUCAACUGAGGAAACAGAACAGAUUAAUAAACACUUUCACAACACGCUGGAGCAUUUGCGUUUGAGAAGAGAAUCGCCGGAAUCCGAAGGGCCAAUCUAUGAAGGGCUGAUAAUCUAACACAAUGCCCUGGGUAGUUGCUAAUCCAAGUGGUUAUCUUUCCAUUUACAACAAAGUCCAUGAGGUUUUUUUUUUAAUUAUUAUUAUGAUGAUGAUGAUGCUAGAGUUCAUAGAUUUGUGCCUUUUGGAAGUGCCAAGUUAGGCUGUUUGCUCUCCUUUUUGUGUGAAUGUGCAAGCUAUUCCCUGAUGCAUUUCCAAACACUUAACAUGGACUACUUCUACCAAAUUGUACUGUUUGGACCAGCAGCUCGAUAGAUACCACCAGAAAAUUAGCAUGACUGAAGCCAUUUUUCUUAAAAUUCAUGUGAUGUGUAUCUGUCUCUUUUCCUCAAUCCUCUGCUCCUUCACAUUCUGAUUUCUUUUUGUUGCUCUUCUAUCACUUCAUCUCCCCCUUCAAGCCCUUUACUGUCUAGCCUGGCUUUCCAUCUGCAAGUGUUCUAGGGUGUGUGUGUGUGUGUGUGCAUGUGUGUUCAGUUUGUUUUUACAGAAAAUGUUCAUUUUUCUUGUAUGUCAGAUACUGCUUCAUCUUUUUUUAAAAAAAACAAACACCUUCCACUCAAGUUUAUGCCAGGUUCUUACCCAUUCUCAUAACUAGAAUAUAUUAAUGCAUGUUUUUGGAGUUGUAAAGCACCAUGCUCAAAAAAAGUAAAAAAAAUAAAAUGAAAUUCAGAAACUAUAUUUUGCAUAUGAGGGCUCUGUGACACUCAGUAAAGGGCCAGUAAUGUGUGCAGGGCAUAUUUAUCAAGAUAAUUUUUGUUUCCACAUAGUAUUAAGAAGACAAAAAAAGAAAGCAAAGAAUAGAUUGUGGUCUAUAUAGUAUAUGUAUAACCUUCAUUGCUGUAAAAUUAGGGGGAAAUGCAUUACACUCUUCUACUUCCUAUCAUGACUUUGCACCAGUGGAACAAUAAAGUUGCUAUUAACAA